AUGGAAUCCAUACAUCGUCUCGCAACAACCGAAGCCCUACGCUCACUGGAUCAUGUAGAUCUUACGUUGAAAUUGGAACUGGUAGACAACAUACGGAGUAAUUUUGAGCUCACACAAAACCGCCUGGAAGAAGAAGAUCCUGACGAAUUAGAUACUGAUGCUCGACAGCAGUUCUUGAACAUAUUUAUUUCAGUCAAAGGCGCCAUCACUCGCGAGCUACAGUCCAACCGCUUAGAUAGCCAUUUACAUUCAACCACACGCAAUUUUUCGCCUCAGGACUCGCAAUCUGUGGUUGUUCUUAAGCAACCAAAAUCUUGUUUACCGGAAUUGAAGUUGCCAACGUUUAGAGGCAACUACUCAGAUUGGCCACAAUUUUUCUCCAUGUUUCGCACCAUAAUUGACCGAGAAGCUGAAUUAACUAAAGUGGAAAAACUCCAACAUCUCCGCUCAUGCCUUACAGAUGCCGCGUUGGACACCAUAAAGUCCUUAGAAAUUCGCGAAUCUAACUAUGAUAAAGCUCUUGAAUUACUAAAUAACCGAUUUGAUAACAAGCGUUUAAUUUUUCGGGCACAUAUCCGUGAGUUGUUUGGACUAGAAAGUGUCGAAGGAAAGGUGGCAACAAAUCUCCGGCGGUUAACGGAUAAAUUUUUGUCACAUAUUCGUGCAUUACAGACUUUAGGCAGCAUAGAACAAUUGGCCGACAGCUUGCUGAUACACAUCGUUAUGCAGAAACUUGACUCCGCUACUCAAAACAUGUGGGAGGAAAAAAUGUCAUCCAGUGAGCUACCCACUUGGGAAGGCAUGGCGUUGUUCCUAGAAAAAAGGUGUCAAACUCUGGAGAAUGUUGCGUUUGCUACGCUCGGUAAGACUCCAACUAAACAGGUGAGCAAAUAUGUGAAUCGCAACAAGUCUUUUGUGGUCUCGAAGCCUGCGCAAAGGUCAUGUGUGUUUUGCAAACACCUUGAUCACUUCAUUUAUACAUGCCCGCAAUUUGCGAAACUCUCCCCAAGCGAGCGCUGGAAAGAGGCAAAAAAUGCUGAACUUUGCCUGAACUGUCUUAAGCUUGGACAUCGAGUACAACAAUGCAAAUCCACUCACUGUUUUCGUUGUAAAGGUGCUCAUCACACCCUUUUACAUAAGGAUAUUCCAGAGCAACCCUUCCAAAAUGCCUCAUUGGCAGAAAGGUUUCCUCAACCAGGAUCAGCAGCAUCUUUGGUUUCCAUGGCGCCUCCAUGCAUAUCAAACGAGCACUCAAGCAUUAAACUAAACGAAUCCGUACUACUAGCUACCGCAACGGUGUUUGUAAAAAACAGUGUUGGAUGUUUUAUCCCCUGUCGUGCUAUUUUAGACUCAGCUUCGCAACUAAAUUUCGCUACGAGCAGGUUAUCCAACCAACUGCAAUUGAAGAAAUCGAAGUUCCCAGUAGCAGUUUCGGGAAUUGGAGACUCAGAUACAACAGUUGAGUACACAAUCAAUAUUAUUUUUAAAUCUAUUCACAGCGAUUACACAAACACUAUUACGGCGUCAAUAAUUCCCACCAUUACUGAGCAGCAACCAACCACCACUUUCAGCAUAUCGCAAUGGGUCAUACCUAAGAACAUAAAAUUGGCCGAUCCAUCAUUUAAUACUUCUCGUAGGAUUGACCUCUUAAUUGGAGCCGGCAUAUUUUUUGACUUGUUGUGUGUCGGCCAAAUACGUCUUAAGGAACCAACACACAUUUUGCAAAAGACACGUCUCGGGUGGAUCGUCUCUGGCGGUAAACAACGCUGCAACAUCGGCUCUUCGUGCGCGGUGUCAUCCAAACUCGUCGAAAGCAACGAACCACAUGGAUCACUUGAUCAAAUGGUCCGCAGUUUUUGGGAAACAGAAAAUUGUUUCGAAGGAACCACGAAGGUAACAAAAGAAGAACUAGAUUGUGAAAUACAUUUCCAAACAAACCAUUGCCGUUUGGGUACUGGCGAGUACUCAGUCCGUCUUCCUGUCAAACUGAGUCCAAAUAUGCUUGGUGACUCAUAUCAACAUGCCUUACGCCGAUUAAUCUCUCUAGAACGACUCUUGCAGCGAAACGACAACGUAAGAUUACAGUAUUCAGCGUUCAUGCGAGAAUAUCUCGAUUUAAAGCACAUGACUCUUGUGGAUGCUCUCCCCAAUGUACCAACAUAUUAUCUUCCUCAUCACUGCGUUUUUAAAGAAGAUAGCACAACAACGAAAUUACGGGUAGUAUUCGAUGGUUCAGCUUCUACAACAAGUAACUACUCUCUGAAUGAAAUUCUUAUGACAGGUCCAACAAUUCAACCAAAACUUGCAGAAACUUUAAUACGUUUUAGGUCAAGGCCCAUCGCAUUAACAGGUGACAUAUGCAAAAUGUACCGCUGCGUACGCAUCACCUCACCAGAUGACUAUCUUCAGUGCAUACUUUGGAGGGAAAACCCGAUGGAAGAUGUUAAGACCUACAAAUUAGAGACUGUCACUUAUGGAACACGACCAGCAUCAUUCUUAGCUAUUAGAGCUAUGCACCAGCUGGCUAACGACGAAGCCGAAUCUUACCCCCUUGGUGCUCAGAUAGUACUGCGGGAUUUUUAUGUUGAUGACAUGAUCACUGGAUCCGAUACUGCUGAGGAGGCAAUUGAAAUAAUGGGGCAAGCUUCGCAGCUACUUGCAAAGGGUAACUUCAAAAUACGAAAGUGGUGCUCCAAUGAUCAAGCUGUAAUAGCGCAGAUUCCUCUAGCUGAUAGGGAAAAACUUCUAAGGUUUGACGACGGCAGCAACAUAACAAAGGCACUAGGGUUGCAAUGGAACACAGAUCAUGAUUUAUUUUUCUUUGCAUUUACCCCAUUUCAGAAACCAACAAAAAUAACGAAACGCUCUGCACUUUCCAUUAUUGCCCGUUUGUAUGAUCCGCUCGGCUUAGUCGGCCCAUUUGUAUUAAAGGCAAAAAUAUUUCUUCAGCGUCUAUGGAUGGAAAAACUUGACUGGGACGAAAGUUUACCGAUGUCUCAUGAAACAAGUUGGGAGAACCUAUGCAGCCAAUUCAACGAUGUCAAACAUUUGACAUUUCCCCGCUUCAUCGCUAAAAGGAAUGCAUUGUUGGAACUUCAUGCCUUUUGUGACGCCAGUUUGUCUGCAUAUGGUACGUGUGUUUACAUACGUGCUAGCAAUGGUAAGAGCGUAUGUAUAAAUCUGCUUUGCUCAAAGUCGCGAAUUGCUCCGAUUAAAUCUCUCACUGUGCCAAAGCUCGAGCUGUGUGCUGCCUAUUUGCUUGCUCAGUUAGUGCACUCCAUCGCUCAACUUAAUAUCUUCAGCUGUAUGUUUUAUUGUUGGUCAGACUCCAGUAUUGUGCUCUCAUGGUUGAAGGAGGACUCAUCCCGGUUCAACGUAUUCGUAGCUAAUCGCAUUAACAAUAUUCAAAAUCUCACAGAUGGUAUGGAGUGGCGUUAUGUCCCAACAGCUGUAAACCCUGCUGAUAUACUAUCACGCGGAGCCACACCAACAGAAUUACUAAAUUCUUCGUUGUGGAAACAUGGACCGCCGUUUUUGUCUAAUCCGCACAAUGAGUGGCCUAAAUGCUGCGUUCGAACUCAAGAGCUUCCCGAAAUACGCAAAACCUUUUUGCUAACUACGCGCUCUGCUUCUGAUAUGUCAAUCAACUGCAAAUACGUAAAUUCUUUUGCAUCUAUGCAACGCAACUACGGUUACGUUUACAAGUUUGUGAAGAAGGAUAUCUCAGGUCAUUUAACACCUAGUCACAUUCAGAAUGGAACAUACUUCUUAAUUCGCAUGAUACAAAUGGCUUUGGAAAAGGCUUUGACUCCACACUGGGUAACUGCAAGGCUUGGCCGUGAUGGUCAUUCAUUAGAGAACUGUCUGUACAUGACAUUAUGGAAGCUAUGCAAUAGCAGGGUGACGUUCCGACAGCUUUCUGAUCGCUUCAACAUUGCAAAAGGAACAUCACACCGUGUAUUUAACAAAACAGUCCAAGCCAUUUGUAAUCUUAAAAGCGAAAUAGAAUGGCCAUCUGUUGACCGUCAGCAAGAGGUCAUGACAAAUUUUGAAAAUAGCAGAGAAAGCCCUUUUCCUUUUGUUAUACUAUGUUUAGAUGGAACCCAUUUUAACAUACCUACCCCAAGUAUAGAUGCGAUUAGUUAUUAUGAUCGCAAAGGAAACCACUCAGUAUCCUUGCAGGCUAUAUGCGACAGCCAAUAUCGUUUCCUAGAUGUGUUUAUUGGAUAUCCAGGGAGCUGCCACGAUGCCAAUGUUUGGACAAAUAGCCCAAUAUUUCAAGCAAUAACAUCUGGCGAGUUACAGCUGGCACCAAGUGCUGUUAUAUUGGGGGACUCUGCGUACCCCAUAUCGCAAUUUCUAAUGAUACCUCACAGAGACAAUGGGCAUCUCAGUAGGGAACAGAAGACUUUCAAUGCCCGUUUAAGCUCAACGCGAGUAUUUAUAGAACAAGCUUUCGGGAUUUUAAAAAAGUUUAAAAUUUUAAAUUAUAUUGAAGCUUCGAGCAUUAAAGCCACAUCUAAUGUGAUAUUCGCUUGCGCUAUCUUGCACAAUUUUAUCAUAAAUAGGGGAGGUUAUUUUGAACAUAUUAACGAUACAAUAACACAUGCCGAUAUGGAAACCAACAAUGAAAUCGGAUGGAUUCAAGAUGCCCCCAUUCGCCGUGUUGAUUCAGAUGAUAUCAAUGGAAUUGAUAGAAGAAACUAUUUUACCACUCUGUUUUCAUCAUAA